AUGACAGAAGUGGCUGCAUCCGGUGCUGCUGAAGAUGUCACCACCGUCGCAAACUCGCUCGAUGUCACCACAGAUACCGCUGGCAAGCCCCAGAUGGCCACCGUAAAGACAGAAGAUACUUCGGAAGAGACCGCCGUCGCUGCGAAUGAUGUUCCAGGGAACCCUGAAGGCGAAGACGGCGAUAGCGAGGCCGAGACUCAGAUUCUAUCGCCGGAGAAGAAGAGAAACAUUGUUGAUAGUGCACCAGAUCUGCGUCCAACUUCGUCUGGCCGAGCGCGUAAGAACAAUGAGGACGACAACACAAGUCCAGAGUCCAGCAGAAGUGUCAAGAAACGCAAACGCGAUGCAAGCACCGACCGAAAUGCUCCGCAGUCAAGCGGUGCCAGUAGUUCUCCUCUGUCGUCUCCCAGCGCUCGAGCACAGUCUCAAGAGGACGACUCAGACGCUUCAGACACUCCUCGGUCAGCGCAUAUCGCACGAAUGAGACGACAAGUAUCGAGAGCUGAUUCUGGAGUUAUUGACGGCAGUGCGCAAGCCAGGGCGGCAAAGAGAAGACCAAGCGACAUCAUCCCUCCAGGUCCGACCAAGCACCGCACCAGAGGUUCCGUAGGACAAAGCGAUCCGUCGUCUGAGCACCGGGAAACCAGGUCUGCGACAUAUCCGCGACAGUCCUCUGAAGACCGCUCGCUUUCUCCAAGGCCGUCCUCGUCGAGGAGGGACCACAAACGUGGUGCAUCGACUCAGAUCACGUCUGGUGAUGUGGACCGGAAGAAGCGAGGGAGACCGCCGAACAUCAAUACCCGUCGUAACAAGUCCGUCGGAAGAGAAGACUCUUCCGACGAUGGCGAGGAUUCGAGUCCUGCUCCGAAAAAGAUUGCUCUUGAGAGAUUUGAUUCGCGUACCGACCAUAUAUCGCCAGCGAAGCCUUCUGGUACACGUAAACACCGCGAUAAGAACGGCCGCACCUUGCUAGCUCGAGCAUGCAACAACGAAGACCUCGAGAGAGCCCGAGUUUGCAUGGAAACGCGACCUGAGGACCUCAAUGUUCCCGACAAUGCUGGCAAUACACCACUGCAAAUCGCUGCUCUCGAAGGCUUCACUGACAUCGUCCGCUUCCUGCUGGAGAGCGGGGCCGAAGUCGAUACCCUAAAUAUCGACAAGGACAGUCCUUUGAUUGAUGCUGUCGAAAAUCAGCAUUUCGAAGUUGUCGAAUUGCUGUUACAACACGGAGCCAAUCCCCGACUAGCCAACGCGAAGGGCGACGAGCCGUAUGACCUUGUCAAAGCCGAUGACGAGCAUUACAAACAGAUCAGGAAACUGAUUGCUGACGCUAAGGAACGAGAUUGGACAAAACGUAGGAAAUCCAGCGACCAUGGUGGCAAUGGAGGUUCAUCGCGAGCUGCUUCUGCUGCGAGCCCACGAGGCUCGCCCCCAGCGACAGGCACACGAAGUCCUCCCGCUUCCGGACUCGCUAAUCGCAAGCCUCGUACAGGGCGCACCGAGUCCACUCGGCCUGACUUGUUAUGGCAGAGACAUGACCAAGAAAAUCUGCAACGACUUGCACAAAAGGGUAAUGUCCAGGGUGUGGUCACCACGUUGGGGAUCCUUCAGAAGGCCGAGCCUGCAGCAGUUAUUGCCGCUGCAAAAGCUGGCCACGAGGAAGUCCUGCAGCUGAUGCUAGCACUUGGAGAUGCAGAUCCUGAUCCAGACCCACAGCUGGGCUUCAAGACUGGUUACAAUACUCCCAUGCUUGCAGCUAUCGGUCAAAACCACAUCGACGUCGUCAAAUUGCUUGUGGCUCAGCAGUCUUUCGACCCGACCAAAAUUCACAGAGGUCGCACAUACUUCGAGAUAUCAGCAGAAAGGAAGGGCGAGAAUUGGCAGAAAGAACACGAUAUUCUUAAGGAUGCUUUUGAUAAAUAUGCUUCCGGAAAGUCGAAGACAAAGUCGCCAAGGAAAACCCGCGACUCAGAUCGCACACGCGAAAAGCGACUGCGCCGAUCAGCAUCGCCGUCGUCCACUAAGCUCCGCCUUUCGGCUAGUCCGACACAAACGCAUAAAAGCUUGCCCGACAAGAAUCUUCGCCAACCACGAAAAGACGGCAAACAGGGUAGCCCGUCACUGGAGAAGAUGUCGAAGGAGGAUUUGAAUGUCGCAGUCGCAUCGGAUCAGGAGCAAACGGUCCAUGACAAACGCGGGCACAAACAUCGACGUAGCCAAAGUGACAUGCCUGUGCCAACAAGCUUGGAAGCUGAGACCACGCAGCGUAAGCGACGCCUGAUCUCUGGAAAGGAGCAUCGGAGAAGUCAAAGUGGUGCUGGCACAGGACAUUCCGAUGGCAGUGACUCCGAUAUCGAGACGAAACGGGGGAAGAACGCUUCUAGGCUGAAGCGAAAUCGUAGCAGUGCUUCACCUGAAGCUCAAGGAGCUGAGUCAGAACGGGUCGUGAUCAAGAAAAGACGGACGGUGCUCGAGAGCAGUCCGGAGGAAAGUCGACCUGCGCCUUCAACGACACUGACAGAGACCACAUCUCCGUUUCCGGAUGUUGAGAUGGCAGACGAGUCCAGCCAAGGAGCGGUCAAGAGAUCAGCAUCACCGAAGAAUUCCGCAGGUGCAGAUGUACCACACGCAUUACCGCAUGUCGUGGAAGAGCAAGACGCACCCGGAGAACCAGAUGUGCCUGUCGCGGAACAGGCGACCUCCUUCACGGAUCCUCCCGCGAACGGAACUGUGACACAGGCGGAUGCUCCAUCGCAGGAAGACACUCGCCAAGAAGUCGCUCAGGAAAUUGCAGCUGAUGCUGAGGCAGCCGAAGCUAAGCGUCAAGUAGAAGAAAAGGCAGCCGUCGAGCGCGAACUUGCGGAGAAGGCCGCAGCAGAGAAGGCAGAAGCUGAACGACAAGCUGCCGAAAAGAAAGCCGCCGAUAAAGCCGAGGCAGAACGACGUGCUGCUGAAGAGGCGGAAGUCCAACGCAAGCUUGACGAGGCCGAUGCCAAGCGACGUGCUGAGGAGGAGGCAGCCGCCCGUAAAAAGGAGCAAGAGGAGCGAGAGGAGAGGAAGCGGCGGGAAUUGCAACGACAACAAGAAGAACAGAUUCGUCUACAACAUCUCGAGAUUGAGCGACGUCGUCGGGAAGCGAUGCCGAUUGCUUUGUGUACCGCUGCACAGCUCAUCGACAAUAGCGAUCCGAAGGCCAAGUCUCAUGAGUGCUCUCGCGUUUUCUGCCGCUGUUCACCGUUCGUACGGACCAGCUUGGACCCUCCUCUCCUUGCGACAAAAGACCUCAAUCUUCGCAAUUACACGCUCAUUGAGAAGCGGCCAGCGAAUGAGGACGAAAGGACCAGAAUGUGGAAGGUUGGAAGGAAUAUCCUGUCCUUUGAUUUCCAGCCGACGAUAUACAACCCCAACUGGCCACCUCCACUACACGUAGCCGUCGAAGCCGAGCGAGUCAAUUGUCCCAAAUUCAUGAAUAUGGCAGAGGUUUUCUGGGUGAAGUACUCUGAUUUCGAAGACCAAGCGAUCCGACAAGACCAUCUCAACGGAUUGGUCUUGAGGAAGCAAAGCAUCGCCAUUCAUAUAGGCGCAGUCGGCAAACCUGUGGUUUCGUCGCCCCCGAUAACAGCACCAACACAAGCCAAUGGUGUCAACACACAGAAUUAUCCGUUCAAAGGAAGCGGCUUCAACCAGCAGCGCCAGACACCAUCGGACGGAGAAGAGCCAACAUCCCCCGUUCCCGCCGCCGAUGAAGUUGAGAUCGCCGGUGAUGCUGCUGCCUCUGGUGGCUCGAUGAGCGUGCUUGAUGCCCUCAAAGGUGUCCUCAAGAUCGCCCUCAUCCACGACGGCCUGGCCCGCGGCCUCCGCGAAGCCUCCAAGGCCCUCGACCGCCGCCAAGCGCACAUGUGCGUCCUCAAUGAGGCCUGCGAAGAAGAAGCGUACAAGAAGCUUGUCAUUGCGCUGUGCUCCGAGCACAAGAUUCCCCUCAUUAAGGUGCCCGACGGGAAGCAGCUGGGCGAGUGGGCUGGUCUGUGUGUCUUGGACCGUGAGGGCAAUGCGCGCAAGGUCGUCAACUGCAGCUGUGUGGUUGUCAAGGAUUGGGGUGAGGAGAGCCAGGAGCGCAGUGUGUUGUUGAACUACUUCCAGAGCGAGCAGUAG